AUGGUGGGCUGGGGCAUGGUGGUUCUCUGUUGGUGGGUCUCUUGUGGUGCUGCAACGGGACAGCUGGAGUACUCGGUGUUGGAGGAGACGGAGCCCGGAGUUACUGUAGGCAAUAUCGCCUCUGACUUGAAGCUGUCAGCAGCUGCUCUGUCUUUGCGGAACUUUCGCUUCCUUUCCAACCACAGAGAGCUCUAUUUCGGGGUGGACAUGGGCAGCGGUAGCUUGGUGGUUCAAGAGCCAGCGGACCGCGAGCGGCUGUGCGGGGCCAAAGCUGCUUGUAUCCUGACAUACGAACUAAUGUUCGAGGACCCUCUGGAGCUGCACAAAAUGCGCAUUCACCUCCUAGACACCAACGACAAUUCACCCCUCUUCCCUGCUGGAGAUGUGCACCUGCACAUCCCCGAGUUCCUGCCACCCGGAGCCCGGUUCACUCUUCCGAAUGCUCAAGAUGCUGAUGAGGGAAGUAACGGGGCGCUAAGUUACAGCCUAAGCAUUAGCCAGCACUUUCGCUUGGACAUGGGAUCGCGGGUCGAUGGUAGCAAAUACCCAGAGCUGGUGCUGGAGAAAGCGCUGGAUCGAGAGCAGCGGGACACCCACCUGCUGGUGCUCACUGCUCAGGAUGGUGGCCUGCCUGUACGCUCUGGGGCCGCUCAAGUCACUAUCACUGUGGUGGACACCAAUGACAAUGCACCUGUAUUUGAGCACUCCGUAUACAGUACCAAGGUUCCAGAGACUGCACCCAAUGGAACUGUGCUAUUCCACGUUCAAGCCUUGGAUCCGGAUGAAGGAUCCAAUGGAGAAGUCUGGUACUCCUUAAGCAACAGCACACCAGCAGAGCUGAGGCACCUCUUUCACGUGCAUCCUAAAAGUGGGGAGGUUCAGGUAGCUGCUUCACUAGGUCCACCGGAAACGUUGUUGGAAGCAUUUGUUGAAGCAAGAGAUGAAGGUGCUUUUAGUCUAUCUAGCACUACUAAACUGCUUGUAGAGGUGACUGAUGUGAACGAUCACGCCCCCCAGAUGGACUUCAUGACCUUCUCCAGCCCAGUACUCGAGGAUGCAGCUCCUGGCACAGUAAUUGCUCUCCUUAGUGUAAAGGAUGAGGACCUUGGUUCCAAUGGUAAGGUCACUUGUAGCAUGUCCAGCAAAGGCCCCUUUCAGUUGAAGGCUUCCUUUGAUAGCUACUACAGAUUGCUGACUGAUGGGCCCCUGGAUCGGGAGCAAGCAAGUGAAUACCAGAUCCAGAUCUCUGCUUCAGAUGGUGGCUCGCCCCCAUUAAGCACCCGAAGGACACUCACUGUGUCAGUUGCUGAUGUGAAUGAUAACACACCAAGCUUUUCUCAACCACAACAGGAACUUUUUGUGGCUGAAAACAAUAGCCCUGGAGUUUCUUUAGGCUGUGUGUUCGCUGAGGACCCAGACCUGGGGGAGAAUGGCCUUGUCUUUUAUGAGCUGUUGGACGUCAUUUCUGAAGAGAUGCCAGUUUCCUCCAGCUUGGUGGCAGUAGAACCAAGCAGUGGUGUUAUCACUGCUAAAACGUCCUUUGACUUUGAGCAGCUCAGGGGGUUUAACUUCCAAGUGGAAGGUCGAGAUGGUGGCAUUCCUCCCAGAAGUGCCACAGUGACUGUGAACUUGUUUGUGGUAGACAGGAAUGACAAUGCACCAGACAUCUUGUUUCCCUUGCCUAGAAACGGCUCUAUCCCAGUGGAAAGAGUGCCCCGCUCAGCCCGAGCUGGACACCUGGUCACAAAAGUGGUAGCAGAGGAUGCAGACAGUGGUUCCAAUGCCUGGCUCUCCUAUCACAUUUCUCAGGCUUCUGACUCUAGUCUUUUCAGAAUUUCAGUCGACACGGGAGAGCUGAGGACUGCACGUUUAGUUUUUCCCACUGAUUCCGUUAAGCAGAGCGUGGUGGUCGUGGUUCAGGACCACGGAGAGCCUCCGCUGUCCUCCUCUGUUAUUCUGGGCGUGCUGCUCAGCAAUGAGGCUCCCCAGGUCAUUCCAGACUUUGAAGAUAUCUGGGAACCAAGGGCACAGCUUUCUGCCCGGAACUUGUACUUGGUAAUAGCCCUGGUCUGCGUUUCCUUUUUAUUUCUGGGGUGCUUGCUUUUCUUUGUGUGCAUCAAGUUGAACCAGAGCCCAGAUUGUUGCUCCCAGAACUUCUGUCAUUCUCCAGAAAAUGUGAGACACGAGAGGACGAUGGCCUCUAGUCCUUGGAUGACAUCAGCCACAAUAGAUGUCACCACAGUGGAGAGACUUUCUCAGACAUAUCUCUAUCGAGCCUCUCUGGGACCAGGCUAUGGUAAUAACAGCUUGCUCUUGCAUGGGAAAUACAAGGCUGCUGAUCUGAGAAAUCUGGCCCCUGGUGUAGGACUGAAUUUGCCAAUAUCCUGUGUUCAGAUUCGGAAUAGGAAAGGGGAUCAUACAAAUAUGAAGGCUAUGCAUCAUCGGAGGCGGCGGCUGGCGGUCGCAGAAAAUCGAGACCCGCGGACCGCCUGGAGGCGAGUGGAGGAGCUGGGAUAUGGGGAGUCAGCGGGGGCGGCAGGGGCCGGAGCCCUUGAGAACGCCUGGGAGGGGAGCCGUCUCGGGCGUUUGUAG